AUGGGGGGAUCCCUUCGUCUAUUAAGGGUUUUGUGGGCAUGCAUCAUACCAAACGCCCGGGGCUUCGGGGCGUCGUUCAUCUGGGGUGCGGUAUCAGUGGGUAACGCUUCUGGUAGAUUGGUUGUGGUUGAUAAAAAUGCGGAAUUGGUGGCAAGGUGGCACUACUGUGCUCUGAGUCAAGAGAAAUUAUGUCGGCCAAUUGUUGCCUGUGAGCUGGGCAGGUUGUAUAAUAAAGAUGCUGUCAUUGAAUUUUUGUUGGACAAAUCACCUGAUAAAACUCCUAUGGAAGCUGCAUCACAUAUCAGGAGCAUUAAGAAUGUAACAGAACUGAACCUUGCAGAUAAUCCGGCUUGGAGUGGUGAUAAAGAGAGUAUAAAAGGUGACAAAUAUGAUGACAUCCAGUCUGCACGCUUUAUUUGCCCUGUGGUGGGAUUGGAAAUGAAUGGAAGACAUAGGUUUUGCUUCUUGAGAAACUGUGGCUGUGUGUUCUCUGAACGUGCUCUCAAAGAAAUUAAAUCAGAGGUUUGUCACAAG